CUUGAAUACUGUCAAAACUUUCCGAUCCAAAGCAAUGCCGCAGCCUGCCACUAUUGCCUCUGAGGAGCAUGCACCACAGCAGCUGAACCUAAUCCCGCGUUUGGCGCGCAAGGAGUCGCAGCGCGAGAUGCCUGUGGACAUGAAGGCGCCUCCACUCACGCCUGUGCUCGUCGAGCCACUUCGCUGGUCUACGGCGUCUUUCUCGCUGUCUUUCCUAAGCAACAUUGAUCGCCUGGAAAUCAAUGAGGCUGUGGAGCGCAACGGCGUGACAUACUAUGUGGUGGAGGUUUACCAGUUCCACUACAACUCGCGUCUGCCCACGAACGUCAACAACCCACGUAUGGCCGUCACGCGCGAGUCGGACGUCAGCGAGCCGCGCGAGCCCGACUUCCGCGUGGAGCGGCGCUACUCGGACUUCGCCAAGUUGCGCCACCAGAUCAAGCUUUGGACGUGCCCCAACGCGCAGUGGACGUGCCAAUACUGCUACGAAUACGGCCGCUUCAUGCGCUUCAAAAUGCGUCAGCCACGCCUUCUCACGUCGCUCACCAACACCAACGUCGAGAAGCGCAAGGAAAUGUUGCAGGAGUUCAUGAUCGACUUCAUCGACCUCGCUCAGAACCCGUCGAAGAACACGAUUCACCGCUGCGAGGCGCACCAGCACGUGCCCGCUCUGCUCGAGAGCUUCCUCCGAGAUUGA